AUGGGCUCCUGGAAAGACCCUUUCCUAACGGUCACCUUCCCAAGCAAGGUCAUCUUUAUCAUUGGCUCUUGGCUUCUGUUCGUCAUCCACAUGGGAGUGUUCGUCGGGGACCUCUACCACUUCCUGGUCUCUCAAAGAGGAGAUCUCAUGAGCUUCCGCUUCACUGUAUCGCUGCUGUUCUCCCAUGUGAUCAGCUUUUAUUUGGCCCUCCUAGCCAGCAUCUACACCUUGCAAGCAGAUGAUGGCUUCCUGACGUGCUUAGCCCUGACCUCCUUUGUCUUGAAUUUAGCUCUGUAUAUUGCCCGAUUCUGGAUGGACUAUCUCACUAUUGAUUACAGGGAAGAAAAAUACGAAUGA